AUGCGAUCCAAUGUCUUGCUUGCGUUGUCCCAUCGCAACGAAAAGGACCUGCCAGCAUCCGUAUUCGCCGAGUUUAUUCACAAUCAAACUCAGCAACAAAAGGUUGCUAGUCUCAAAGCUUUCCCUCAUACCUAUGAAGCCUUGAAAAGUGCUAUACAGCAACAGGACUACAGCAGCUGGCCCGGCCAUGUUUGGGCUCACAAUCUCCCGCCAUCUGCGGGCCCACAGGAACUUGCGCUUUGGCAGGUGUUUCGAUACGCGCUUACGGAUUUGCACCAGAAACUGGAUGUACCGCACAGUAACUCAACCACGAAUGAACGAACAGAGUGGAUCAGACGGGUCAUACCGUUCCUCGAAGCGGUGCACUGCAAUACCACACUGCUGCGUAUCGUUUGGUGCGAGUAUCCCGCCUGGGGUUCACAGGCCGCAUUGUUAAGUGAAAGGAACUAUCAAGCUAAACGGCCAAAAAUGUGGGUUGGCAUGGGUCUGGACCCGGGCUCCAAUUCUGAAUUGAUGAUUAUGGAAGCUAGCUCAAACUCGAGAACGAAGGAAAAUGCCACGCAUUCAAUUGACGACUCUGCCAAAAUCAUCGAGCUAUGUACGAAUGCUCUAAAGCUUGAACUACUGAAGCACAAAGAAGCGGCGUACACAACAGUGAAUAAGAAGUGCGUACUCGGAUUCCACUUUAUUGUGGAUAGGAUAACGUUAACAAUGACCACACUGGAGGAUCGGCGAUGGAAAGUAGUGCAACUACGCAGUGCUGAGAUUCCGAUGAGGUGGCGCGAACGGAGCAAGGUGCUCCAGGUAUGCGAAUUGGUGGCUGCAGCAUAUUCAACGCUGCUAGAGCAGCAGGAGCUUAUGGAACGCAUUUGCGAAGAGGAGAGCGGUGCAAUUGAAGUGCCAGAGGAGGAAAGAGCACGCCAGGUCCUCAAAAAACUGUCAAUCACCGCCUGCGAACCAUGA